CCCCUUUGGAAAAGGAUCCCAGUGCACGGAGCGAACGUGGCGUCCAACGAGGGCAACAGCAGCGCCGCGGGCAGUGGCGCGGAGUCUGCCGCCCUGUUCUCCAAAUUGCGUAGCUUCUCGAUUGGCAGUGGGCCCAACUCGCCCCAGCGAGUUGUCUCCAAUUUGCGCGGUUUCCUCACCCAUCGCCUCAGCAAUAUCACACCGAGCGACACAGGAUGGAGAGACUCGAUUCUGUCGAUUCCCAAGAAAUGGCUCUCCACGGCCGAGUCCGUAGACGAAUUUGGAUUCCCUGACACUCUACCCAAGAUACCCGUUCCACCGCUGGAGGAAACGAUGGCCGACUAUGUGCGCGCCCUGGAGCCGAUCACGACGCCGGCGCAGCUGGAGCACACCAAGGAGCUGAUCAGGCAGUUCACGGCACCGCAGGCCCUGGGCGGACGACUGCAUCAGUAUCUCCUGGACAAGCGCGAGGUCGAGGACAACUGGGCCUACUACUACUGGCUCAACGACAUGUACAUGAACGUGCGCAUACCCUUGCCGAUCAACUCGAAUCCUGGCAUGGUGUUCCCGCCGCGCCGCUUCAAGACCGUCCACGACGUGGCCCACUUUGCUGCCCGUCUGCUGGACGGGAUUCUGGCCCACAAGGAAAUGCUGGACAGCGGCGAGCUGCCGCUGGAGCGGGCCGCCUCGCGGGAGAAGAACCAACCGCUCUGCAUGGCCCAGUACUAUCGUCUGUUGGGCUCCUGUCGCCGGCCCGGCGUUGAGCGCGACUCCCAGUACCUGCCGUCGCGUGAGAGAACCACCGACGAGGAUCGCCAUGUGGUUGUCAUUUGCCGCAAUCAAAUGUACUGCGUGGUGCUGCAGGCCUCCGAUCGCGGUAAGCUGUCCGAGAGCGAGAUCGCCUCCCAGAUCCUCUACGUCCUGAGCGAUGCCCCCUGUCUACAGGCGAAGCCAGUGCCCGUUGGCCUGCUCACCGCCGAGCCGAGGACACGUUGGGCUCGGGAUCGCGAGGCUUUGCAGGCGGACGAGCGCAAUCAGCGCAAUCUGGAGCUGAUUGAGACGGCCCAGGUGGUGCUGUGCCUGGACGAGCCGCUGGGCGGUAACUUCAAUGCACGCGGCUUCAGCGGAGCCACGCCCACCAUGCACAAGGCCGGGGACCGAGACGAGACCAACAUGGCCCACGAGAUGAUCCACGGCGGUGGCAGUGACUACAACUCGGGCAAUCGUUGGUUUGACAAGACCAUGCAGCUCAUCAUCUGCACCGACGGCACCUGGGGCCUCUGCUACGAGCACUCCACAUCCGAGGGCAUUGCCGUGGUGCAGCUGCUGGAGAAGAUCUACAAGAACAUUGUCGACCAUCCGGACGAGGACAACGGUCUGCCGCAGCACCAUCUGCCGCCGCCAGAGCGUCUCGAGUGGCAUGUGGAGGGGCCGCAGCUCCAGCUGCGAUUCGGCCAGGCCGCCAAGAGCGUGGACAAGGCCAUCGAUGAUCUGGACUUUUAUGUCUACCGCUAUCGGGGCUAUGGCAAGACAUUCAUAAAGUCGUGUCAGGUCAGUCCGGAUGUGUACAUCCAGCUGGCCCUGCAGUUGGCGCACUACAAGCUCUAUGGCCGUCUGGUGGCCACCUAUGAGAGUGCAUCCACCAGGCGAUUCUUGCAUGGACGUGUGGACUGCAUUCGAGCGGCCAGUACGGAGGCCCUGGAAUGGGCCAAGGCCAUGUGUCAGGGGGAAGGCGCCAAUGUGACGCUAGAGAGCGAUCGCGAGGAUGAGGAAGAGUCCCGCAAGGUCACGUUUAGCAUUUACAGUAAGGAUCAUCUGCGUGAGCUCUUCCGCUGCGCCGUGGCCCGUCAGACGGAGGUGAUGGUCAAGAACAUCUUGGGCAGCGGCAUCGACAUACCACUGCUGGGACUGCGGGAGGCCAGUGUGGAGGUCACCGGCGAACUGCACGAGCUGUUCACGGACGAGUCCUACAAGAUCUCGCAGUGCUUCUUGCUCUCCACCAGUCAGGUUGCCUGCAGCACGGACAGCUUUAUGGGCUAUGGGCCCGUGACGCCACGUGGAUACGGCUGCUCCUACAAUCCGCAGCCCGAGCAGAUCGUCUUCUGUGUGUCAGCCUUCUACUCGUGCGAGGACACGAGUGCCUCCCGGUAUGCCAAGUCGCUGCAGGACUCCCUGGACAUAAUGCGGGAUCUGCUGCAGAAUUGAAGGGAUCGGAAGUGAUCCACACGAAUAAAACAUAACAUAUCAGUAAAUGUACCUUAGCAAGUUAGCAAACGAAACUAAAUGUAAAUCUGUGGUUAUCUGACGUCUUGGCGUUUCAUAUGUGACCAAGCACCACCAAGCGAACCCACCCAACGAGCGGGUUGGGUCCGAACGAAAUCGAAAACUAAUGUCAAUCAUGAUAUCAUAUUGCUACAAACUGAAACCCAUUGCUUUACAUGCCCCCAUGUCCCUACCCUAACCGACAAAAGUACUCCUCGUAGAUGGUCGUAGAGCCACUCUAGUCAAUUAAAUGUUUUAGAGCAAUUUUAUGCGCGAAAAAUCGUUAACGCUGUUAUCUGAGUGUGUUAAUUAUGCAGCAAUAUAUGUAAUCGUAUUGUAAUCGUAAAUAUGAAUUAGUGGACAUUAUCUAAAACUAAAUUAGCCGAGCUUAACCUCUUGUUUACUGUACCCAUAACCAGCUAUCUAAGCAGUUUGGCCGUGCCGCCCACAAGUAUGCAAUACUUUCGUUACGCGUUGUGUUCUUUCAGAGUUAUCAACAAAAUACUAAACCAAAAAAAAUACUAUGGUAUCUCUACGCUUGUUACUGAAAGUUUCGUUGUUGGUUCGUUUGAAACAAUUAUUAUUAAUCGUAUAUACACAUAACUAGAGAUAUAUAUAUUGAUGUUUUAGAGAGCAAAAUGGUAUACUAUACCCGUAACUAGAGGCUUUUUGGAGGAACAUAUAUACAUACAUAUCUGAGAAAUACGAAAUACGAACGUAGAGGAAUUUAGAGAGAAUCAUUGUACGCGUAUAGACUUGAGACGUAACAAUACAUAUCAAUAAAUUUACAUACGCCCCAGUACGGGUCUGAAACGGGGGAGAAGGAAGAAUAAAGAAGAAGGAGAAGGCAGUGGAAAUUAUAUACUAUAUAGGAUAUAUAUGUUUGUCUGUUCGAAAUGUUAGUGACACGUGUGUUUUGGUAGUGGUGAUUACCGAUCACUAUCAACCAAUAUUCUAUACAACAACAUAUAUAUAUACGUAUGUUAUUUACAUGAGAAAUUAUAUGGAAAACUGUUAGAGGACAACCAGAUACUACCUAUAGUAUAUGUAUAUCAAAAUAGUUGCUGUGUUCAUUGUUGCUAUAUAUGUAUGUUUGAUUAUCGUUUCAACUAUUAACUGUUAACUGAACUAUCGCCACAUAUCUACCAGCUCAAAUAUGUAUGUAUCUAUCCUGACUAUCCAACCUAUCUAUCUAUCUAUCUAUCUAUCUAUAUGUUACGUUACUGUUUGUCGUUAAGUUUGACUUGAUCUUGAUUCGAUGUAUAUUGUAUGCAAAAAUUAAUCACCAAAAAUGAAAACUAAAUAA